GUGACGCGCCGCUGCUUAUUAAUCAUUCACCAGCCGGGGAGCAGGGAUUACUGCCACUCGGAGCGAGCGGCACCGGCAGCCGCUUCCUUCUCCGCUGCCGCCGCGCCGGGAGCCCCGCCGGGAUGGCGAGCCCGGGCGACGGCGGGCACCGGCUGCUCUGACCCGAGGGCAGGCAGGUCCGAGCAGAGGAUGCUCCCCGAUGGCACCUGCACCAGGCUCCCGGGAGGUGCAGGCAGCCACAGCGGCGGCAGCGACAGCGGUGGCGGCGGAGCCGGGAGAGCCUCAGAGGAGGCAGCGGCGGUGGGCAUGGACUCGGGCGGCAGAAACUCCUCUGGUGCCCCAAACAGCACCCUGAGCGAAUCUCAGGGCAGCGCCAUCCUCAUCUCAUUCAUCUACUCUGUCGUAUGCCUGGUGGGGCUGUGUGGCAACUCCAUGGUCAUCUACGUGAUCCUACGCUAUGCCAAGAUGAAGACAGCCACCAACAUCUAUAUCCUCAACUUAGCCAUCGCGGACGAACUACUGAUGCUCAGCGUCCCCUUUCUCGUCACCUCCACCCUGCUGCACCACUGGCCCUUUGGCUCACUGCUCUGCCGCCUGGUGCUUAGCGUGGAUGCCAUCAACAUGUUCACAAGCAUCUAUUGCCUGACCGUGCUCAGUGUUGACCGCUACAUUGCCGUGGUGCACCCCAUCAAGGCGGCCAGGUACCGCCGGCCCACUGUGGCUAAGAUGGUCAAUCUAGGCGUCUGGGUGCUUUCCAUCCUCAUCAUCCUGCCCAUCAUCAUCUUCUCCAACACAGCAACCAACAGUGAUGGAACAGUGGCUUGCAACAUGCUCAUGCCAGAGCCCACCCAGAGGUGGCUCGUGGUCUUUGUGGUCUACACCUUUCUGAUGGGCUUCUUGCUGCCUGUGGUUGCCAUCUGCCUUUGUUAUAUUCUCAUCAUUGCCAAGAUGCGCAUGGUGGCCCUGAAGGCUGGCUGGCAGCAACGCAAGCGAUCAGAGCGCAAGAUCACUCUCAUGGUCAUGAUGGUGGUGAUGGUGUUUGUCAUCUGCUGGAUGCCUUUCUACAUUGUGCAGCUGGUCAAUGUCUUUGUAGAGCAGGAUGAUGCCACCAUCAGCCAGCUCUCUGUCAUCUUGGGCUAUGCCAACAGCUGUGCCAACCCCAUCCUCUAUGGCUUUCUCUCAGACAACUUCAAGCGGUCCUUCCAGCGGCUGCUCUGCCUCAGCUGGAUGGACAAUGCUGCAGAGGAACCCAUUGACUAUUAUGCCACUGCCCUCAAAAGCAGGGCAUACAGCGUGGAGGACUUUCCCCCAGACAACUUGGAGUCAGGGAGCAUGUACAGGAAUGGCACUUGCACCUCCAGGAUUACCACCCUCUGAGGAAGCAUUCCUGCCCCCCUGGCUCCCCUACUGCACCUCAGCAGGAGGGUGAGCAAGGCUAGGGCUGGGGCAUGGGGAGGCCGGGAGGGAGGGGAUUUUAGUCCUGCCAACCAAAAGCAGUGUUUGGCACAAGAGGGAGUGAAGGAAACCCCACAUCCUGGGUAUACUGCCCCACCAUCCCCCAAUCCCCUUCCAGCCCUGAUCUGCCUCCCUUGAGAGAGAAUACCUUCCCUGAUGCUUUGACACUGACUUAGAAAAUUGCUGCACUCAUGUGUCGACUUAGCUUCUGGCAGCCAGGCUCUGCCAGCCCUCUCUGUCUGUUGAGUAGCUGUAUGGGUCCCCCAGCAACUCUCCCUUUGCCUUUUGUACAGGUUGUCCUCCCCCUUUGUUGGAGGGAACCCCCAGUCCAGUGGUUUGAGCCUGCCUCAGCCAAGCCUCAGUAUUCAGGCUCAGACUCCCCCUAGACUGAAAGCAACCCUGCUCAGACAUCUGUCAGUAUGUACCUCCCCUUCAAAGAGUAGAAAUGUUGGGAAAAUUGCCCCCCACGAAGGACCAAGUACCUUCUUUCUGCCCUCUGCGCACCCCCUACUCCAUCCCCCAGCCCAGAAUAAAACAAAAAAAAUGGAGAGUAAAAAGGCCCCAGGAAAAGAAGCAGCAGCAUAGUCAUGGAGCCAUCCUUUGCUGUGCGGACAGCUUCCACCUCAGUGGGGCUCUGGCUUUUCAUGCUAUGCUUGGGGGAAGCAGAGCAGAAAAGGUCUUGGGGAAAAAAAUGUGUGUGUAUUGCUGUGCUUCAGGCCUGCGUGGCAGGUUGCUGGUAAUGGGAGAUACAGUACUGUGACUCACCAGGAGCAGAGCACUGAGCUGAGAGUCAGGAGGAAUGUUGAGCUGGGAAAUGCUUGAAUGUGUUCAUAUGUACAAUAAAGUGUGCUAAUAAUAAAGUUUAAAGGGAGCACUAGACUGUAAAGUUAUUGUCUUGCUCCUGCUCUAUCAGCUGUGAAACAGCAAUGAAUGGAGCUGAGACAGUUUUGAAUGACCUGGGUGGCCACAAAGUCACUUUAGCCUAUAUGGAAAAAGAGGAAUUAGUUUCAAAGUCUCCGUUAGGCUCUGAAAUAAAUACUUGACAAAAAUAAAAAAUAGCUGUUUGAUAAUAGCUAUUACCCUAGCUCCAGUCUCUUCUGUUGCACUAAAAAAAAAAUUAAAAUGGGUUUCAUAUGUUGCCAAUGUAAUAUACUGACCCAGAGCUUCUUAAUGUUUCAUUUCUGAGAAUUCUUGUUUUUAGUGUGAGCCAGAUGUCCUUUUGAAAUUUUUUAUUUGAUUCUUGUCACUGUGAUGUGAACGUGUUUCUCUGAAGCAAUUUCUACUGUGCACUUAUGUUUGUGGUGGCUGCUUGCAAGGCUGCAUUUAAAAUGGAUGAUGCUCAAGAAGGCUCCUGUUCAGAUAAAAAGGUUGUAACUUUUUCUAACUUUCAUGUACACUGACUCCCACAAAAAACGCUCUCUUUUAAAUUUUAUCUCUUCCCCUCUUAUGACAGGACAAUUUUCAGAGAGAUAAAUGUAGAUUUCUUGUUUAAUGACAGCUGAUUAAGCAAAACCUGUCACUGCUCCCUCUUAUCCCAGACGUAGGAGUCAGUAUGGAUCAUGCCGAAAUGAGCAGCUGUGCUUUUUAAUCCCUACCACCUAGGGUAGCAGUGUCACACAGUGGCAGGUGUCCCAGUAGCAUUGACAAAUAACUUCUCUGGCACAAUGCUGUGGUUGUAUUACUGGCAAUCUGAAGCAUGAGAUUGGGAACAAUCUCUUGUAGCAGCACACCCGUAGCAUUGUACUGGUAGCUACAGUGCUUAAGUACAGUGUUAAGUGUAAAGCUGACAAUUAAGGCAUUUAGCAUUUGCAGUUGUGGAUUUAUUACAGUUUUUUUGUUAAAUUAUACUCUAACUUUUCUCAGCAACAAAAAGCAGGAUACUACUUUGUACAUUUAUUCCACGAAAAAAUAGGUACUGUUAAAGGAAUGUAUAAAUUUAGUAUUUCAAAGUUGCCUGAUUCAAAGCUCAUUGAAAUGAGCAAAAAAAAUCCUAAUUCACUUCAAUGGACUGCGAGUCAGCUCCUUUUAGUUUAAAAAUUGCUAAUGUGGAAACUGUUAUAUCCUUAUUAAAAUAUUUUGUGAAAAGCUUUAA